GUCUGGCUGGGGCGGUUGGGGCAGCGCGGUGCGGGCAGGAGGAGCCUCUCCAGCCUGCUGUGCCAGGGCCAGCCAAGCCCUCCGGGGAGACCAGCAGCUGCUUCCCCAUAGCCAUGUGGGUGCCCCCCUCACAGGCAGCCAGCCCCAGCUCCUCGCUGCCUUCCCUCCUUGUGCCUUGAAUCGCACCCGCCAGCUCAGGAUCUGGGAUCCAGGAUCAGAGACAACAACCCUGGGGGGUCCAGAGGGGUGCUGGUGAGAGAGGGGGCAGGAAGCCCCCCCCCAGCUGUGCUGGAACCCCACUGGGGAGCUGGCCAGGGGGAGCUUGGCAGAACCAGGUUAACCCUUUGAGGGCUGGCACACUGACUGCAGAAGAAUCAGCAUCCCUGUCGCUGAGGGGCCAUCCCCUCUCUCUGCCUGUCGCUGACCCCUGCUCCCCUCUGCAGCUGCAAUGAAUCCGAUGCAGAAGCUGCUGCAGCUGCCGGCCAGCGCGGUGAACCUGGUGAGGUUCCAGCAGGGAAUGGCAGGUGAAGAGGCCAAGAGUCCGGUGCUGACACCUGACGGAGGGCAGCAGGUCUGGUACAACGCUAUGCAGGCCGACGAGCUCCGUCUGCUCAAGUCGCCAGAGCAGGUGGCUGCCCCAGAGAACAGCACCAGUGGCAGCCAGACACAGCCACUACGACACGAUGACCUGAAGGAGAUGCUGGACAGUAACAAGGACUCACUGAAGCUGGAGGCCAUGAAGAGGAUCGUGGCUAUGAUCGCCAGGGGGAAGAAUGCGUCCGACCUCUUCCCAGCUGUCGUCAAAAACGUGGCUUGCAAGAACAUUGAGGUGAAGAAGCUGGUGUACGUCUACUUGGUCCGCUAUGCGGAAGAACAGCAGGACCUGGCCCUGCUCUCCAUCUCCACCUUCCAGCGAGGACUAAAGGAUCCCAACCAGCUGAUCCGGGCCAGUGCCCUGCGGGUUCUCUCCAGCAUCCGGGUGCCCAUCAUAGUGCCCAUCAUGAUGCUGGCCAUCAAGGAGGCGGCGUCAGACAUGUCUCCAUACGUGCGCAAGACGGCUGCUCAUGCCAUCCCCAAGCUGUACAGUUUGGAUUCAGAUCAGAAGGACCAGCUGAUCGAAGUGAUUGAGAAGCUGCUGGCGGAUAAGACCACACUGGUGGCAGGCAGCGUGGUGAUGGCCUUUGAGGAGGUUUGCCCCGAGCGCAUUGACCUGAUCCACAAGAACUAUCGGAAGCUGUGCAACCUGCUGAUCGACGUGGAGGAGUGGGGCCAGGUGGUGAUCAUCAAUAUGCUGACCCGCUACGCGCGCACCCAGUUCCUCAGCCCCAACCAGAACGAGUCCCUGCUGGAGGAGAACCCGGAGAAGGCCUUCUACGGCUCCGAUGAGGAGGACUCCAAGGAUGACAAGCCGGACGCGGCCUCUCUGGUGAAGCGCAAGCCCUAUGUGAUGGACCCUGACCACCGGCUGCUGCUGCGCAACACGAAGCCCCUGCUGCAGAGCCGCAAUGCCGCGGUGGUGAUGGCCGUAGCUCAGCUGUACUUCCACCUGGCACCCAAGGCCGAGGUUGGGGUCAUUGCCAAGGCGCUGGUGCGUCUUCUGAGGAGCCACAGUGAGGUGCAGUGGGUGGUGCUGCAAAACGUGGCCACAAUGUCCAUUAAGCGGCGGGGGAUGUUCGAGCCAUAUCUGAAGAGCUUCUACAUCAGAUCCACAGACCCCACCCAGAUUAAGAUCCUCAAGCUGGAAGUUCUCACCAACCUCGCUAACGAAACCAACAUCUCCACCAUCCUGCGGGAGUUCCAGACCUACAUCCGGAGCAUGGACAAGGACUUUGUAGCUGCCACCAUCCAGGCCAUCGGGCGCUGCGCCACAAACAUCGGGAAGGUCCGAGACACCUGCCUGAAUGGCCUUGUGCAGCUUCUCUCCAACAGGGAUGAGCUAGUGGUGGCUGAGUCCGUGGUCGUCAUUAAGAAGCUGCUGCAGAUGCAGCCCUCUCAGCACAGCGAGAUCAUCAAGCACAUGGCCAAGCUCACCGACAACAUCCAGGUGCCCAUGGCCCGGGCCAGCAUCCUCUGGCUGAUUGGCGAGUACUGCGAGCACGUGCCCAAGAUCGCACCCGAUGUGCUGCGCAAGAUGGCCAAGUCCUUCACCGGUGAGGAGGACAUCGUCAAGCUGCAGGUCAUCAACCUGGCAGCCAAGCUCUACCUGACCAACUCCAAGCAGAGCAAGCUGCUGACCCAGUACGUGCUGAACCUGGCCAAGUACGACCAGAACUACGACAUCCGGGACCGGGCCCGCUUUAUCCGUCAGCUCAUCGUGCCCACCGAGAAGAGCGGGGCCCUUAACAAGUACGCCAAGAAGCUCUUCCUGGCGCAGAAGCCCGCCCCCAUCUUGGAGUCUUCCUUCAAAGAUCGGGACCAUUUCCAGCUCGGCUCGCUCUCACACCUCCUCAACGCCAAGGCAGUGGGCUACCAGGAGCUCCCCGACUGGCCGGACGAGGCCCCCGACCCAUCUGUGCGCAAUGUGGAGGUUCCGGAAUGGACCAAGUGCACCAGCCGAGAGAAGAGGAAAGAGAAGGUGGAGAAGCCAUUCUACUCAGAUUCAGAGGGAGAGUCCGGGCCCACGGAAUCAGCAGACAGUGAACCGGAAUCUGUCAGUGAGUCGGAGAGCGAGAGUGGCAGCAGCAGCAGCGAGAGUGGCUCUGACUCGGGAAGCCGGGGCGAGGAGAGUGGAGACCAGUCGGAGGAGGAGGAGAAGAAGAAGAAGGGAAAGGAAGGGCCCCGGAAAGCCUGCCUGGAGAGCGCUGGGAGCGACCCCAGCGAGGAGGAGGAGGAGCAGGGGAAGAAGAAGAAGAAGCCGCAGCAUGAAGGGAAAGGGGGUUCCGAGACCUCAUGGGAGGAGGGCAGCAUCUCGGAGAGCAGCUCGUCCGAGUCAGACUCAGGCUCCGAGGCAGAGGAAUCCCAGUCAGAGCCGGAGAGCAAGAGGAGAACCACGCAUCCCAGCAGCAAACCCGCCCCAAAGGCCUCCAGGAAAGGGACCAAGGAGAUCUCCUUGCUGGACCUGGAUGACUUCACCCCCGCUCCACCCCAGCCAGCCUCCUCCCCCGCUAUUGUCUCCACCAGCCUGGUGACUGACCUGGAGGGACUCACACUGACCAACGCCUCGUUGACUCCUACUAUGCUCAGCCCCGUGUUCAGCACCGUGAAGACCUACGAGCUGCUGCACCGCAUGGCGGGCGAGGGGCUCUCGGUAGAGUACUACUUCAACCGGCAGCCCUUCCCCCCUGACCCCCACAUGGUGGGCGUGCAGAUCCAGUUCUCCAACAACACAGAGUCGGAGGUGAAGAACCUGCGGGUCAGCGAGCCCAAGCUGGUGUCUGGGAUGCGAAUCCAGGAGUUCCAGGAGAUUGAGUCCUUAGCGCCUGGCGACACCGCCAACGUAAUCAUGGGCAUCGACUUCUGCGACUCCACCCAGGCGGCCAACUUCCAGCUGUGCACCCACUCGCGUCAGUUCUACGUCUCCAUCCAGCCGCCGGUGGGAGAGCUCAUGGCCCCAGUGUUCAUGAGUGAGAACGAGUUCAAGAAGGAGCAAGGCAAGCUGACAGGAAUGAGUGAGAUCACGGAGAAGCUGACGCUGCCGGACAAAUGCCAGAGUGACCACACGAUCGUCCAGCGAGUGACGGCGGCCGCCAACGUCAGCCGCGUGCCCUGCGGAGUGGACAAUGAGUACAGGUUCGCUGCCAAGACGGUGACCAGCGGGAGCCUCGUCCUCAUCACCUUGGAGCGGAAGGAAGGAGCCAGGGCCCACCUAACUGUCAACAGUGAGAAGAUGGUGAUUGGCACCAUGCUGGUGCAGGACGUUAGCCAGGCCUUGGCACAGUGACCAGGAGGCUGCUGCUGCUCCUCCCCAUCCCCCCGCAGCCUCUGAACAGCACCCUGCCCAUCCCCCCACCAAGAUUCCCCCCUCCCCACUUUCUGUUGUCCACAUCUCAGCCCCCUCUCCAUUGGCUGGCAGCAGUGAUAGACAGACCUGCUCCUCCCACCCCUUUCCAAGGCUUGGGAACUGGGACAGGGUGCUCCCUGCUGUCCUUACCCCCC